GCGGCAAGGCAAGUAGUAGGAUGGGCGCCGUGCCGACGGCGGUUCCGGAGGGUAAUCAAAAGCCCGAGGGCUCCAGUCGGCCGCUCCAGUCCGCUCCAGCAGCCUCAUCCAGGGGCACCUAGGUACCUAUCCAUCCAUCAUCAUCAUCAUCAUCAUCAUCCACCCCAGCCAGCCCGCUUCCAGAAUCCAGAAUUUCGGCCUGCAACGCACCGCAACUGGAACCCGAACCCGACUCUUUUCCUGACCACGCUGUUCACUGCCUCACCUGAGCUUACGAUAGUUUUAUUCUUGUGAUUACCAGCAGCUGCCUCACUUGACACAAGGAAGAACUUUACCUUUUCCCCCUAUCUUUCCUCCUUUCCAGUUUCUAGUCGCUUCAUCUCGUCCACACAACAACCCCCCUGUUCGCCGAUUUUCCGCACCAAGCAUAUGCAAGCUACUGCCAACUUGAACAACUGGCCCCCGAUAACUCUUUAAUUCACCGAAUUCCCGAUUUUCGACCUUUUCGUUUCUCUACUUGACACUUGCAAGAAGCGGAACCUUCGGACACCCGUUUAAUUGAUUGCGCCGAGCUCGAUAAACCAACCGGCCAAGCAAAGCUGCAGCUCUACAGUAGCCUUGCUACAACUUCAAACCAUUGCGCAGUGUGUUUCCUGGUGUUGAGCCCAGGAACCCAUACAACGAAAACCAUGCCGGCCACCGAGAAGGUCAGCCGUGGAAAGGAUGCUGAGCCACGGGAGAACGUCUACCUAUUUGUACCAAACUUGAUCGGUUACUCCCGUAUCAUCCUUGCUGUAGCCUCACUCUACUACAUGCCCCUCCACCCCCGAACAUGCUCGCUACUCUACAGCAUCUCGUGUCUUCUCGACGCCCUCGACGGCUAUGCCGCUCGCUACCUUGACCAGUCCACCCGCUUCGGCGCUGUGCUCGACAUGGUCACGGACCGCUGCACGACGGCCUGCCUGCUCGUCUUCCUCGCCUCCGCCUUCCCCCGGUGGUCCAUCGUCUUCCAGGGCCUGAUCGCCCUCGACAUGGCCAGCCACUACAUGCAUAUGUACGCAACUCUGGCCAUGGGCGGCUCGGAUGAGAGUCACAAGAACGUCGACAAGUCGAGGAGCUUCAUUCUCAAUCUCUACUAUACCAACAGGACGGUUCUCUUCCUGUGUUGCGCCCUCAACGAGGUCUUCUUCAUUGCCCUCUACCUGCUCUCCUUCUCGAGCCCGCUCCUCUCGCCCGGCCUCUUGGAACAGGUUCCCCAGAUCAAGCAGGCCAACCCCUACAGCGCCGCUGCUCUCGAGCUGGCGCGUGCCAACAAAAUGGACUCCACCGUCCCUUGGAUCAUCGCAAUUGUCUCCUUCCCCGUCAUGAUGCUCAAGCAAAUCAUCAACGUCGUCCAGCUUGUCAAGGCCAGCAGGUGGCUAGCGGAGGGUGACCUGGAGGCCAGAAGGGAGCGAAAGAAGACCCGUUAAUUGUCGUUUCUCUCUCUCUCUCUCUUUCUCUCUGUGUGUGACUUUUCCGGGUAGCUCUUUCAGGGUACUUCUUCCUCUUUGCCCGAAUCCGAAUUUCUUCCGGCUCGUAUGGUCUUUGAGAGAGGAGGGAGGGGGACAGAGAUGAGAGGCGGUUAGAGAAAAGUCAACUUCGACUUUUCUUAUUCAACUUUCUUCUUCCUAACCCUAGCUCCACAUCUAUGUCGAACUUUUGUCGGCCGGCUCCUAAAAAGGAUAAGAGACAAAAUACUGAAACCUUUGGCAGUCUGGUCUUUUCAUGGGUGGGGCAAAAGGGGCCUUAUACAUUUGUUGUAAUUGGAACAAGGAAAAGGGUUAUUUUUAGGCGGUGUUAGAUUGGUUGGUAUGGUACGGAAGUGUUCUUGCUGUUCAUGUUGACAGUGGGGUUCCGUUGGCUAAUCGAAGGUAUCGGUCAGUCAAGUUAGUUGCAUGAUAGGUAUGGAUGGAUGGAAGGAUGGAUGGAUGACCUGUUCCCAAGGGAAGGGAAAGAGUUGUUGAAGACACGUGAACAUAUUUUAGAUGUUUUUUUAGCUUGUCUGUGUCUGUUUGUAUGGGCUAGUUUGGUUUGGUAUGAUCUGAGGUGUGAUAUGGAUGGAUGUCAUGGUUCGGUUUAGUUGGGUGGGUGGCAUAGGAUGGAUGUUUGGCUGGUUGGAGGUUAUUUACCGUACGUAAUGGAGUUUUACUUAUCGUUUAAAAAACUUUUGAUCAGUUGUUUCUAGGUUUUUCCAUUACCUCCACCCAUCUACACUUAGUUCUCCC